AUGACCGGACAGUUUCAUUCGAUAAUCGAAUGUCCUCAGGCAUUUCAGUCGGAUGAAGCUGGAGUGGUGGGUGCAUAUCAGAGCUCCUUCUACUGCUACGCCGGUCUCAGUGCGAGGGAUUCACAAGAGUCCGACCAGGCUGGUGCGUGGUGCAAAUGCGCGACAUCAAUGGGGUUCUUUAGUAUACAUCUACACUCACGAUCUGGAUCAUUAACAUCCUGUAAAAUGCUGUCGACCCAAUAAAUAAACCAACUAAGGAGGUUAUGACAACAUAGCGGCUAAGGUUAAAGUAUAGUCAGGUUCCGGGUUCAAUAUGACUAUUUAUAGAAUAGAAUAGAAUAGAAUAGGUUUAUUGUAGCGCCCCUUGGGCACUGUCAGUCCCCUUUGAACUCAGGAAAAAACCUAAAACAAACUCGUCAAUUUCAACUGCACUUUGACUUCAUUUGCUUUGGGUGUCUGGUUAGCCAAAAGAGCGCGAAUUGAGAGUUUGUUUUAGGUUAAAAAAAAACCUCAGUUCUAAGGGAAAAUAAUAACAAAAUUUUCAAAAAAUAACGAUAUGUACAAUAUAAAAAUUGAAGUUUGCAGUUUGGUAGUUUUCGGGGGCAUGAAUAAUAUGUCCUUCAUGGCGAUUGAAGAACUUUGAUAUCGGCCUGACCUUGAAAUUAUUUUCCUGUUGGGUAAAUUUCGGUUUGCUCUAGUUGCUGGUUGUCAGUCUAUCUGGCCAGCUGUAAGGGGGCGGUCGCGCAGUUCCUACGUAUUUUUCAGGAGGCUUACCAUCGUCAAGCAAGAGAAAUAACUCCUUCCAGAAAUACCAUUGAGAGCCGAAUUUCCAAAUACGUCCUGCGCAACUAGUCAACAGUGGUGAUGAAAUCGCAACAUGUAACAACUUGGUGGGGGGGGGCGGUUAGUAGCGAAGUUUUUCAUCUUUAUCGGCCGCUGGUGAUAUAUCAGCCGCAUUUUAUUAGCAUUGCAAUCUUUUUUGGUGGCCUAACCCUAUCUUCUGACGUCUCUGAUGAAUGUUUUGAGCGUCAAAUGAACAAACAACUUGUUCUAACAACGGAGUCCUUUCUUCAGAAAUCGGGAAACAAGUAAAAACGGAGUUCUAUCUCGUAUGUUAGUCAGUUUCAGACCGCAACCCAUUAGCAAACUGGACAGAAUACAAAACCACAGUCAUCUGUACCGAGCGCCACCGGGACGGUCUAAACUCGUUCGAGCAAACUAUGCUUGUAGUUUACAGGGCUUCUAUCGGCUUUUGAAGAUCUCUUUUUCGGUUGAUUUGGCUUCCUACAUUGAGGUAGCUCCCAGUUGAUUAUCUCGAACAACGGUGUCAAAUAGAUGAUGCCAGUAAGUUCGGUUGUUUUUCAGGACAGUGGAGAAAAGCCUAUAUUCGUGCUUAUUCGAGAGUCAUUUGGAAGAGCGCUUUCUCACGUUUAGGAAAUACGAUGGAUCAAGAACCUGUGGAUGAAUGCGUCUCUAGAACAACGUCCUAAGUUUAUUGAUGUUUUGUUUUCAACUCUGCCAUGAUAGUUAGCCGGGGGGAGGGGUGCAAAAGGUCAGAGUUAAAUUAGAUUACCUGACGGGGUUGGGGUUUGGAUAAGGGUCGAAGUGCAGCUUAAAAUUAUGUUAAGGAUGAUGAUUAUGAUUUGCGUUAGGUUUAGGGCCAAAACCAAGCCUUGCCCUAACUCCAAACUAACCCUAUUAUCAAUUAUCCUGCCCUAAAUUAAACAAUGUCUAAAACCAAACUUAAUUCGUCCAUUUGAAAGUUUCUUCUAGUGCUUGCCUGUGAAAGACCGGAGGUACCAUCAAUUCAAAUAACGAAGGUAAAAAUUUAAAACCAGAUCGAUUUGCAUGAAUUUUCUAAAGUUGGUAUUUUACCGACAGUUUUGACCCACAAUUAUAUCCAAUCCUCAGAUCUCUCCAGCUGCUUGCGGGCGAUAACAUACGUCAUUGGCUUGUUUUUGCAUUGCUGUGAUGUCCAAAUCAAAUAAGACAAUUUACUGACUAUGGCAUGCUGGCGUGUCCCAUUUGUCGCGAGGAGAGGAGGCAAACAGUAGUAAACCACUGUAAACUGGCAUUAAAUAAAAAGUAAAAAUUAUUAUUACUUUGUUGGUGCGUAAUAGUUGACAGCGAGGAUUCCCAAAAUAAAAGUUUAGGAAGACUGAGCUAAUUUAAGUGCACUUAUUGUGACAGGAGAACGCAUAUGUGAUUCAUUAGGCCGCGGCAGCAACGGUGUUUACAAAUAGUGCAAACCGUUCAAGUUAUCAACACAAGGGGCGUGUGUGAUUAUGAGCUUUGUCCGCGCUCAGUCAAUCGGCUAGGGUAUACACGUUAAUGUGUGCCAAGUUUUCACUCCGCCACUUUAGUCAACCCUGAAGUUGGCUGCCUCGUUACACGAUUUCCUGAAUGAUUGCCGACAAUUUUGCCUCCCCACCUCACAAGAGAUCUGUCAUCCCGUUUUUCGGAUCUGACCAUCGCUUUCGGCUGGUCUGACGCAAUCGCACUAGCGCAUGCGCAUCAACAGUAACUCAUAUAUUUCUCUCAGUUGAUUGUUUCCCCAUAUCAGUGCCAUCGUUCCUCAUAUGCUCGUAUGUGCCAGAUGGUCUGAGUGACAUCUGUGUUAAACCUUGGAUCUCCCGCCUGUCCCUCUCCUCUUGGAUCGCGAUCCUAUAGUUACUUCCUAGAAUACCGCUGGCGAUUAACGAAAUUGCAGUGUCUACGCAGUGUGAAAAACCACAAUAAGCGUUCCCUCGAAAUUAUAAGUAGACCUCCUAAUUUAUUUAUCUCAAGUAUCUCCACCUGAAAAUCAUUGGCUCGUGAGAGCUUUCGUAAGUCGUCCUUUCUACUUACGCCGGAGGUGAAGCUGACGCACGAUGCUUCUGACCCUGUUCAUCGAUGAGCGUAGACAAUUCAAAUUAUGCUUAUGACGUGGCGUUCCAGCAACAUCUGGCGUACUCAAAUUAAUUUCCUAUCUUCUAUAAAAAUCAAUACCUAUUGCAGCACUUUCGCUCAAGACGAAAGGUACUCACUAAUAAUUUCGUCAAGACAGAAUUAAUAAAACAUAAUUAAUUCUGACAGACGGUUAAAAGCAGGUCUGUGGGCAAUGGAGACGGUUACCCAAACAGGUUGUGAGCCAGCGUUUGCUGUUAAGUUCCCCAUAGCGAGACAUGGGUGCACAAGUGAUCCAUGUCUGGACGCAAUCAGUCGGUGAAGUUCACUACAACUUCGUGAUGCCGCCAAGCAGAGGGACUACCUCGCACGCGGCGCAAGCAGUCAAUUUGAAAGGGCGUUUGGCCGCUGCCAUCACAAGCAUUAGCUUGACACAGAUACAAUUUGCUACUCACUUUGUCACAAAACCCAUUUAUCUUUUCCUCAGCAGUACUGGUUUUGCCGUCUUCUCGGGUUGAAGCUCCCAACCUCCGUUGAUAAGUCUUGUUUAGACUGCCUAAACUCUUUCGAGAUGUUCACCACCUGGAUUACGGCAUCAACUAAUGUUCUGAGAGAAGAUGGAGAAUGUAAUCAACCUCAGGGAUUAAAUCACCUCGAUAAUUCACUGGAUUCCUCGCUAUCUUAAAUAAGACUCGCGUUUAAACUUCUACGAAACACUAAAAAUCGUGGUCAAUAAGUCUGUCAACCGUUGGGAAGCAUAGGUGCUCCUGGUUAGUACUGUGUGCAUUUAUGACGAGUUGCUAAAAAAUAUAAGAGAUAGGUUCAUUAACUCGUUCCUACUUUGGCCACAGUGGCAAUCGUACCUAGAUUUCUAAGGUUACUUGCUCGGCACGACACCUUAGUGUGCCGGCUAAUGGACAAAAACAACUUACCAGUUCUGAAGCCCCUAAUUCUCACCAGUGCAGUAAAGUGUGUUGUUCUUCACUUUCCGCAGCUGCCAGCCCGUGUCUGCACUUCGCCCCCAUCAUUUAGUCAUGGUUCUCGCCCAAUUUGUCAGAUCUAAUCGGUUUUCCGUGUCCCCAUAUUUUUUCCAGCCCAAGCGUUUUCUAGUUUUUGCAUGCUGACCGAUUAUAUGUUAUACCUCAAUAGGAAAGCUUUAUGAUCACAGACUCAACACUCCGUCGUUUAGAUGGCCUAAUAUUCAACCCGCGGUGUUUAGGCUCAAGGUUAAGUGCUUGUGACGUCUCGGGUUCGCGUUUGGAUGGCGCCUCCGAUAUCGGUCCAGUCGCAAAAACUGAUAGGUUUUCUCAUAAUGUUGUGCGAACUCUUUAGGUUGGCUCAUUGAACGCGGCGUUUUAUCUAAGGAGUAUGUCGGGUCUCUCGAAUUGCUUGCAGAUAAAGUCGCCGCCGCAGAGCAAGCAACAGCCGAAAAGAUUCGCCAUAUUAGCAAGGAACCCGGUGAGCUUCUCCAUAUUUUAACUCAUUUUUCUUGGAAUUUAUUUUAAAAGGCAUUCAGCAAAAUCAAAAAAUCUUAAGACCCGAGUGUAUAAGAUCUGGCGAGCUCGCCAAUGUUGACUUCAGCUUCCUAGUUUUCAAUCCCGGUAGCCGCAUAGCACGUCGUCUACUUUUUGUCGAAGUAUUCAUUUGCCUUCACGUCCAGCGGAUGCUUUGGUUGGACUGUCUUUCGAUAUCAUUGUGCUCUUUCGCUUUGCGCAGAAGCUGACAAACUCAUAUUAUCCACCAAACUCUGCCUGAAAUCGCUGAUAAUUGCUUGCUUGUGUCUUCAUUCCUCUUAGGUCGUCAGUAGAACUGUGGGCACUGACUUUUUACGUAGAGUGAGUGGGAACUGUAAAAACCGACUGUGGAAACUUUGAAAUCAGGCUGUUCUCGGCUUGUCACCUUGACCAUUUAUUUGUUUAUAGCUCUAUUGUAUCUGAACGAACAUCAUGAUUAAUUCAAAUAAUCAUGCGUCAUCGAUGGUCGAUUUCAUGUAAACUAACAGCAUGUUUUGCAAAAAAGUGCUCACUUCUUAUUUACAUUGUGUUAAGAGCGUCCCGGAAUUACGCUUCCAAUAUAGCCUCCCCUCUGCCACUUGUAGUUAAGUCCUAUUUGAGUUCCUCACUUUUUUAGAAUUUUUUAUGCACAUUUGGGGAAUGUUUUAAACACGAUACAUAUGAUUUCUUUCGCCUUAACCUUUUCUGUUAACUAAUUUCCUAAAUUUUGACAACAGACCAAACUUUAAGGGUCGACGGUCGUGUUUCAAUAAUACGAGACCAAUGUGGUCGCCGAUCCGCCCAAUUUGUAUUUGUGCUUGUAGCUUUCUUCAAAAACUCAUAGAAUGCGUGCGAGUCAGUGCUUUAGCUAGUUUCACAUUUGCUUAAACAAAUUAUUUCUCACUCUGUAUUUGUACGCUUGACUUCUUGUUUUUUCUUAAAUUUAGUUUUAUACCUCUUCUGUCAGAAAGCACUCGAAUACUUGGAGAAGACAGACGAUACGAAGGACUUUUUCGGACGAUCGAGCUCGGAUAUAAGAGUACUUUUGUCUUUUUUUGAGCAUUUUUAGCAAUGGAGGGAUUUAGUCUCGCGCUAUGAAAAGCAAAAUCUCUACCUUGGUAAGCUAUCAAAGUUAUUUAUAACUCGGUCAGCUGAGGUAGCGGAACGCUUGAAUGAACUGUGUUUCCUGAUUCCUAAAUGCAAGUCAGCAAUCGCGGAUAGGCAGAAACUCAUAACUGUGAGUCUCAUUCUUCGCUCUUUUACUUUAACGGCAUACGUUGCGUGCAUUUCCGUUCUGUUCCUUUUCGCAAUCCCAGUAGUAAUAUGAUUAUUUCCAAGGCUAUUCCUCCGAUUUCCUCACUUCUCAGUAUAUUUUGAGAGUGUCAGUCAACUUUUUAGAACGCUCUGUUCAUGCAGAUGUUGGUACUUGCUAGUUUAUGCCGAUGGACAAGAGUUUGCUGCAAGCGAUUUAUUGGUAGUAUUUCUGUGCUAUUACUGCACUGAUUCAGUUUGACCCAUUCCACAGGAUCUACAAAAGAAGGUCAAGGAGUUCAGUGUUAAUCAGCAGUCCAAAGAAGCGGAACUGGAUAGAUUCCGAAAACGCUUCGAAAUUACGGUAAGGUUCUAAAAUGCACUAAAAUUCCCUCAAGGAUGAUUACGUUAGGUUGCAGCUGUUAGAAAAGGCCAACACGGUCCCGCAAUUGCUUUCUGCCCUGCUUAGCGACCUUCAUUCCGUUGCGCCUGCAGUCGAGUACUACACUUCCUUUACUGAAUUCAUAAAUAAAAGGUAAGUCGGUGGUGUAGAUUCCGCGUAUUGUCUGUAUCCCAUACCAAUUACGAAUCGUACCAAAGCAAUAAACUUUGAGUUAUUAUGCAUAGUGGACAUAUUCGUCCGAGUAUGUCACUUUCUAUUGUUACGAAUCUACGAACUGAGCCGAUUCAAUAAGGUUUUCUUCAACUGAACAAAACAGUGGGCGGCUUUCGUUAAAGUGGAUGAAGCGCUCAACUUCCCGUAUCUGUCGUCAGAUCCGCAUCAUUAUCAGAAUCAAAGUCUGCAAGUCGGAAAUACUAACCUUGCUUCUUUUCAACUCCAAAUCUUCAACAAUGAGGGCUAAAUAAAUGUAGAAGCUGAAUGCGUCUGUAUCAGAAAUGUGUGAUAGACUAAUGAAAUAUUGAAGUAGUUUGCUCUCGGUGAGCAGAAUUUCCAGGUUUUUCGAGAACACCGAACCGGAUUGUUUCGGUAUGUCUUAAGCCUGCCGAUAGAAGCGAAGAGGCGAAUUCUAAGUGGUAGUUGUGAAGCACGAAACACGAUCGUCGGAACAAGAACUUUAUUAGCCUGGAGUUUCGGAUUCACACUCGAAUUCGUCAUCAGAGACAAAAUCAAAUUGGAGUAGCGGGUCUUACAGAUGUUACAGUAUUUGCAAUAUGUAGUUGCUAUGCCACUGCAUGCCCAUUAAAAUUGGCAGCUCAGUUCAGUUUAUUUGAUGGAAAGUAAAUGUGUAUAUUUAAAAUCCCUAUUUGUUAUGCGCAGGGGAAGUAUGUGGAAAAAGUGGAAAGGGAGUAACAUGAACGAAAUACAAGAGGAAUAUCAAACACUGUACAGAUGAGCACAGUAUUUCAUGCGUUAACGGUAUUUGAAGGCAAAUGAACUCGGUUUGUUGAUUAAUAUAGGAGAUAUUCGAAGCACACCUAAGCUACAGGAAAAGUAAUAAGAUUGGUAGUCUGCAAGCAUCUUGGUAGAUGCGGACAGCGUGCAUCGUAGCUCGAAAAGUAGUAUAUUACAUAAACAAAUGUUACUGAAUUAUUAGCAGUAGCGCCAUGAUGUUACCAAGUUAUUAACGUCGGCUAUCAAGACGGCUGCGGUCAGGCGGCAUUGUGGUGUGCACUCCAACGUUGAUUCAGCCUCCGGUUAAAAAUUUCUACGGAUCCAGGUAUAACAACGUCAUCAGGCAGAGCAUUCUAAGCUGCAACCACUCUGUUGGAAAAGAACUUUCGUGUGUCUAGCGGGGCACCAGUCACACGUAGCUUGAGUGGUUAGUCGUAGUCGCCAACUCGAAGAAGCCUCCUAAUACGAGGCAGCAGCCCUAAUUGCACAGGAUGCGGAAAGCUUGUAUUAAGUCGCCACGUAGUUGCCUGUAACUCAGGGGAACGAGAUAAAGAUUAGCUAAUCGUGUUUCGUGGGGUAGUAACCACCGUCCAGUUACAAGUUUAGUUGCUCGCCGUUCAACUUUUUUGAGUAUGUUGAGGUUUUUAGCGGUCCAGGGUCUCCAUGUUUGAAUGGCCAACUCCAUAUGCGAAUGUAGAAAAGUUCGAAAAACCCUAGCGAAAUAGUCUUCAUCGAAGGAAAAAGACGCCCGUUAGCUACCUUUUAGCGGUGCUGCGAAGGCUUGAGCGAGGUUCUGAUCCACACACCCAUUCCUUCUGGGCGUCGACUUCUUGCAGUGGUUUGCAGUCAGGUGGUAGACCAUGCGGUUAGGUGAACUGUUUCCACCUAGUCGUAAGAAGUUACACUUGUCUACGUUAAACGGCAAAAGCCAGUCGCUUGACCAUUGUUCGAGGCGGUCUAGGUUUGUCUGCUCUCGCGCUUCGUCAACUUCAUUUCAUAUGGUACUCCAGGUCUUUAUGCCAUCAGCAAACAUUGCGACAUCGCAAUCCAGUUCGUUCGUACAGUUGUUGGCGUAUAUAAUGGACAGUGUAGGGCCAAGAACGGAGCCUUGGGGAACACCAAUCCUAACGGCAGCCUCUUCAGACUGCUGAUCACUGACGUGGACAGCCUGAGAGCGGCCGAGUAAAAAGUUUGAAUCCACAUCAGAAGCCUAGCUCGCACUCCAAUACGGCUGAGUUUGUACAGAAGGCGGUGGUGAGGCAUACUAUCGAAGGCCUUCUUGCAGUCGAUAUAGACCCCAUGAACCAUAUGCCCUCUAUCAACAGCCUGAGUCCAAUAUUCCAGACAGUAGAACAAAUUUGUCACACAGGACCUGCCUUUGCGCAAUCCAUGCCGGAAAUCGAAAAGUAGAUGGUUUUGUUCAAGGAGCUGCAUUAACUGUUGCUGCUGGUUGGGCUCAAGAGAGAACCGGUAAGGUACAACGGAACGAGUAAGUUCCGUACGAACGAUCGGUGAGCGUCCCCUACGACUUCUCUAUAAUCUUGCGGCAAAUGCAAAUGAGGCUCACCGGUCUGUAAUUGUUUGCAGAGACCAGACAUCCGCCCUUGUACAGCGGCGUAACUCACGCCGAUUUCCAGUCGGCCGGCAGAUAUCCGGCCUCGAAAGAUGUGUGGAAAAGCACAGAAAGUGGUUUAGACAAAUCACCGGCGAGUUCCUUCAAAAUCUUCACCGGAAUUUCAUCGGGACCUGGUGAUGUUAGUUUCUUUAACUCCACCAAAACCAUACCCUCAGUCCCAAUAAUUGUGGCCUCUUCGAAGUCACGCGCGGGAGGGUUUAAUCCAGCUUCACUACUAAAAACAGACUGAAAAAUUCCGAAAGAUAAUUAGCUUUCGCACCAUCUUCAGCGGGAUUCUCACCCUCGGCAGUCCUCAGCAGUGCUAUGGGUCCUUGUUUCGCGUACGCUGUCUUAUGUAGCUGUAGAAUAAUUUAGGGUUCUCCGCGGUACGGUUAAGCAGAUCCAGUCUGAAUUAUCUUCUUUUUCUAUGGAUAAGGCCCUUGACUCGAUUUCUUUAAACUUUGUACGAACUUGUACGACUUUUCUUACAGCGUGCGCUUAUUAUUCACUUCAUUCUUUAAGGCUUGCGUAAGCCAUCGAGGUCUGCCAGUUCACCUCUGUCGUGAAGGCGGAUAUUAGUUUGCGGUGAGCCUGUGCAGUACUUCUCGGAACCGUUGCCAGUCUUCGCGUACGUCUCCAGCAAAUACAGAUUCCCACUCAAUGUGUGUAAUUUCAGCCCACAUUGGGUCGAAAUCUCCGCGCAAAAUGUUUCUUCUAACUGUCUUGGGUCUCCCGGGCAUGGAAAAGAGCGAGUACUUCCAUAGUAGAACGAUGUGGUCACUUUUACCUAGGGGAGAUAGGCAUAACACCUCGUCAAUGCUGUCCUGUGAUUUCGUAAGGACAAGAUCAAGGCAGUUGACCUGUUGGACUUCGCGUACUCUAACUAUCUCAUUCAUCGCAGGGGAUUGCACGCGGUGCGUCUGACUGGCCAGGUGUUGCAGUAUGCGGCUUCACUGAGCCUGUAUGCCUGUCAAAAUUAGUAGGGGUUGCACGCAGUGGGAUAAUGGUCUAGUUACCGGGAUUUUGUCAUCCCGGUCAAUUUGGCUCGCCGGUAUUUGCACCAGGAGCAUUGGUCAUCUGAAUGCCCUCCGCUAGGUUAACUACUUUGAAUAAGCAGAGUCUCGGCAGAGAAUAUGGAGCAGAGAGGUCAUUGUGUUUGUUAACCGACGGAGGGUCGGAAAGCCACGACUCGAGCGGUUCGUGGCUCACGGGGUUGUCACCUCUUGAGAGAAUUUCAGAGCCGCCAAACUUGAAUGGGUAGCCAUAUCCUGUCGAAUGAACCGCAACUUAGGAUCUUCCGUUGUUUCUCCUCAUUGCAGUUGAAUGCUCUGCUAUCCGCGUCCACAGUAGUCUUCCAGUUCCUUCGACAUAGUUACCUUGCCCACAACUGUACCAGAUCCGGCAAAUGACUCCAGACGUUUCUUGCCUUAGCAGUGGGCCCUCCGGCCUCGCUGGUGUAGCGGUCUUGCGCAACUGCGUUUGUGGCUGCCUGGGUAGUUUCUGUUGUAGCAGUGUACCGGUUUUCUCGGCCUGUCGCGUUUGAACUUCAGAAUUCUGUGCUUGCUGUGUGAUCACUGCAAUUCAUUUCGGCUUUUUGCCAACCAUACUAGCGCUCCGGCCAAUCCAAUUUGGAUUCAGCAUUCUGUUUCCUUAUAAUCUAUCUGACCUGCUGUAACCUAUCACGGUGGGCCGAAAAACGUAGCUUGGAGGGUCGCCUGGUUACGCAAUAACUCAGUCCUACUCCGCACUGAUAGUUAAGUUGAAAUAACUCACUAAUCGUGGUUUUUGUAGUAACUCAUGUGUCAUAUGCUGCCUCUCUCUGGAGCCUCUCCCGUUUGCUCGCCGUAGUCAUCACCUGUGGGGCACAUGUAGAAGUGGAUUCGGUCAUGUCAGCUACUGCCUGUCAUCCUGUCAUUGGAACAUAAUUCGUAUAUGCAGAGUGUAAAAUAGAUACCACGCAAAUAUUCACCGCCAUAAACCGAUUUACGCGCACUUUGCCUUCUCCGGGAGAGUAGCAUGAGACUGACGAACUGUCGUGAAUCUUUACCCAAGCCAAAUUUAUGGCCGUAUAAUUGAGAUCAUAGCUCAUACCACCGCGUGUGUUGUUUUGUGCUCCUAAUUAAAAAACACUUCUUCUUGGGCUGGUAUACGAACUGUUUUAAAGCCCUCUGCACGGUCUAAUAUUGUCUUUAUAUUGUGACAUUUGCGUAACCCAGCUCUCCAUGAUUUGUCCUGAAAUUUUCCAUUAUAUUUAUGUCUUUUCACCCUCCGUUAUUCUUUGCCCAAUUGGUUCGCGCUGCUCGUGCUAUUGUUCUUUAGUAAUUCUGAUGCCCAAAAGACACCGGCUUUGCCGUGUAGCACCCUCCGCCUUCUCCUCUCGUCUGGCCACGUGACAGUUUACGAGUGGAAAAACGGCCGAGCUCCGGACUCUAUAGGCAAAAGCGACGAUUAUUUGGCCGACAUGCUGAGCCAGGAACGUAAACGCGUAGAAAAACUGAAGACCGAGAUUGAAACUACCGCUCAGAGUGCUGAACUGGAGGUACUCCUUGCCCGCUUCUCCUAUUACUAAUUUGGUUUUUCCACGGUUGACCCCAUACACCACAUUUAAACUUAAAAGUGGCAGUGACUCCUUAUCACAACAUUUUUCAAAGCUCUCCUUGAGAAUACCACUGCCGCUAACGUUAGUACUGACAGCGUACAGGUAAUUAGCAUAUUUACUGCGAUAGAACAUCGUUUCACCAUGUACCAAACAUGGUUGUCUUUUAAAGAUGCGGACGUCUUCAAUACAAUUGAGGAAGUUGGAACCUCUUGGUAGCCUAGUCCAUAGAUAACAAAACGGUUUGAUCAAUUCAGGAGGCAGAAGCACUUAUCGGACGCUACUGUGAGGGGUAUGGACAUUCUUGUUUACGUCAGAGUUGGUGGCCUCUCGCCGCAUCCUCGCAGUCAGAACGAGGGGUGACCAAAGUUCGAUCAUCUAUAAGGAAAGACGUGAGGAGCGGGAGGGGAUGAUCGUCAAGGUAGAGGUCAGAAAGGACCAAAAAACCAUCUUCAGUCCUGAAAAUCGCUGUGGCUUUGCAGUGGCAGUGUAUGGGCAUCCAGGUCAGAACAGUCGCUCAACACUCGGUACGUUGGUGCAAACACUUGAUAGUCCUUUUGGCACCUCCUUUGGAGACGUCCAGCAAGUUUAUUCCUUCUUUGCGCCAUUUGUGGAGUACAGAAUGUCUGCUUGACUGAUUACUGAUAGGUCCACUCUCCGUUUAAUGCCUAGUGGGUUGUUGGAUUGGGCUUCAAUGACCGCCCACCAUUUGUUGGUUUUCAGUAGACGGCAGUAGGAUGCCUAUUUAUUCGGAAGUAUCUGUCUGAUUUAGUAGGCGAAACCCACUACUUCCCGUCUCAAAUUCUGUAAAUUUAAUAACAUCCUCAAUGGAGCUAAAACAUACCAGGAAAUUGCUCCACGUAGCUUUCAUUUGUUACGGCAGAAGUGUCGUGAAAUUUUCCCUGCCUGAUUUUCGACGCUUAUUAAAAACUUGGUAAGACACCGGUUUCGUAGUCCCACAUGAUUAUGUUUGAGAUCAAAAGAGGCAGUAAAGAUUCCAUAAGAAGUUCCACUGUGUGUGUGUGUCUGUGUGGGCUGCACCUCCGAAAUCGAAAGUGGCUGAGCUUUGACAGGCGUCAGUGGUCUCUGCUGUGAGUCCCGUUUACUCAUCUACUGCCUUAUUCUGAUUGGGUCCUUGACGGAGAGCAGUCAGCGCCCUACUUACUGGCACGUUACUAAAUAAGAGGGAUACGUCAAAAUUAAGCGGGGCCUCAUUCUUUCGAAAUAAACGUCUCUUUCAAUUUUCAGGGAAAACAAGUUGGUGGAUAUUCGACUGUCCGUAUGCCAUACAGUUUGGCGCAGUAGCUCUGAGAGGAAAUUCACCUAGCUACAAAUUGGUGAAUACGAUAAGUAGUCUGUUGAGCAGUGUUGAUUGGGAUGACUUUCCGCUGUUAGAGCAUGGGACCCAUGAUUCGCAUUUCCUAAAACGUUCUUUCGCCCCCACUUAGGCCUUUAUCCUGGCCACCCCCUCUCUCCUCAAGUCUUUUCCUACAGAAUAGAAUAAGUCUCUUUUAGUACCUCAUGGGCGCUCUCGGUCGGACUGACGAAACUUUGACCAUUCGUCAUUAUGACUGAGUUCGCUCUCACCUUCAAACUAUCCUCUCCAGAGUGAGCAAAAGGGCCCACUCUAUCAAAACUAUCACCCGAUAAGUCAACUUGCCUUCUGAAUGUAGUAAACCUUCAUUUUAGGAAAGGCUUUCGCCGAUAGGGUUGCGGCACCAGCUUGUUCCAUUUAGUCUUGGGGCUCCAUGCAUGUAGUCGCAAAGUGACUAGAAAUAUAUGGUGAGGGCCAGCUCCGACGAAGACGCGAGAGACUGGAAUGGCAAUUUCUGGUUUAUUGGUCGUUAUCGGCCCGUCAUACCCAGCCCUAUGCAUGGAACAUCUGGGAUUCGAAUCCGGAACCUUUGCGCAUUAAGUCCAGUGGCCUACCAUUAAGCCACGAGUCCGGCGCCCUGUCGAUUGCGAUCGGAAAUUUUAAUUAUUAUGGGAAUGGUGAAACACUAGAAUGACCAUUUCUAACCAAAGACCUUGGGUUCGAAUUUGAGGUGCUGCAAACCGCGGGUUGGGUAUGGCUGGCUGAUGACGGCAGAUAAGCCAGUCUCCCUUGUGUUUGUGGGAACUCUCUUCAGCAAGUCUUUUUCACCCUUAAGCAAUGAAUUUGUUUCACCGGUAUUCUUUUGCUGCGUGACGUAUCUGCGGCUCUGAGGUUUGGUCAGACAGUGUUAUUAGGUGUGCUGUUUUUGUUUGCUGUAGUAUUGACGAUGGCAUUGCCGGUGGUACUGUAACACAAGCUCACUGCUCAUGCUUCGCCGUUGCUUCAGCUUACGUGGUUGAUCUGGUCGGUGGCAAAUCUUUUACUAUAGGCAUAGUUGAUGUGACAAGUACAAUGACGGUAUUUAGCUAGUACUCGCAAACUAACUUUGCGAGUCAAGGAAAAAAUGGCUGGCCAUCCCAUCCCAUGUAACAGAAGUUGUUCCAGUCUAUUGGACAGUUUACUUCAAGCGUUCAGCACACAGCCAUAGGUGGCGUAGGCUGCCUGCGAAAUACACGGACUCUUGGUCUGACGACCAUAUGGAGUUAACAAAUUUACUGAUAACUGGCAAAUCGACUACUUACGAAAAGGUCAAAAACCAUGAUGACCGUCAUCCAAUAAAGUUUUAACCGUUGUCGUUUAGCUCAAUUUUGGAACCCUAAAUUUGUGUCCCAGCAUAAUGGGAUAGGAGGCGUUUGCCCUCGAAUCUAAAUACUACCGGAAAACAUCCCUUCACCGAGCAAUCCCCGCAUCAUCACUGUCCGUCGAGUCACGACUUGACCGGGCGUGGGGGGGGGGGGUGAGCAAUGAUUCGCAUGCUUCAGCCUAACAAGAUCAAGCCAGUAUCUGAAAAAAUCGUUGACUUGUGAGUGCUAUGGUACAACUGACUUGAACGGAAAAAGAGUUUGGCCUGGACGGCGCAACCUACGAGCACAUGAGGGGUCGGCUACGUUCUUCGCUAUCGCCUUCAGUCCGCCCACACCCUGUGGAGCCUCUGCAAGCAUCCCUACAAGCUCAUGGACAUAAGCUGAGUUGGUGAGACAUUUGUCUUCACUCCCCUAGAAAUUAUAAAGAUUUUUGGGUUAAUUUUAGGCAUCAGGCUUAGCUUUAAGUCUAGGUAUUAGGUUGGAGUUAGAAUAAUGUCAAUGUUGGACAAUACUAUCAGUCUGCGUUUCCAAAAUCGCGCUUUUGCUAUUUUGUUUGUUUCACCAUUUGUGGUGUGGAGUUACUAAGCGGAGUAAUGGUAGAAGGUAAUAGGGCGAACGUCCGCGACACUGGCGACAGCAUGAGAUAAGAGACAGCGGACGCCUUCCCGUGAUUUGGUGGGUGACUGGCAGAAAACUAACGAAGGAUUAAGUAACUUAUUGGCACUCAGCGUCUGGUUUUGUCUUUCAUCAACAAAAAAACCGAAUAAUUACUGCGAUGCCCGACCUGGCAGGUUCGGAAGACGAAGCCGGAAACGCAUGGUCUCACCAACGGUCUAGGCGCUAUUCACCGGAUUAUGUAGGGAGCGGAGCUUACUCAGUGGACGGCAGUUUUCCCCAAGGGCAACGCAUGCUUUCCCUGACGUCGUUAACAGGACUCACGGUCAACAGCUGGAAGACAUUAAUUAGAUUAGCAGUUAGCAACCUAAGGAAGAAGCAGGAACGUUUUCCAACAACCUUGUCAGUGACUAGUGCACUAUGAAAUCUAUCGUAAACGUCGCAUAAGACGUAGGCAAAAGUGGCAGGGAUCAAUUCGGCCGACUGUUAACGUCAGUGGACAUCAUGGAACAUUUAUAAUGUAUACUAGGCUACCUAAAUCUUAUAAGUAGACACUACAUUAAUAUAAUAUAAAAGUACCGUAGCCUACCGCGAACGGCAGUCCACAUGACACUGUCAGUACGUUUAUACGCUAUGGGACACUUCUAGUUAGUGACCGGAACCGUAUAGCAUUGCCCGAAAACAUAGCUUCCGCAAAUUAACAUGACUGUCGUUCACCGAAACACUUGUACUGCUCCAUACCUUUAGGUCAAAAACCAGUCGCUAACGGACAUAUGUAUAGCCUAGGUGCGGACGACUCAAACCAACAGGCAGGAAACAUCUAUAUUUUUGCAAUGACAAGUUGUGUGAACUACUGUUUUUCGGCACUUAUCACGGGAAGCACCUUUGGUCCUACUGGUUGCCCAUUUGCCAUUGCUGCUUUCACCAAUCCGUAUAUAGUCUGAUCGGUUCCUUCUUCGAUUAUUCCAGCUCAGCGACGUUAACCUUCUGGAAUUUGUCGGUGAAAGCACUGAUGUGACAGCCACUAACACAGACCUCAAUGACAUCGACUUUGGCGAUUUGGCUGAAUCCUUCGGGCUCGAUGUUGUUGAUGUGACCGAAUCUGCAGAGGCAGAUGCCGAGACGAGUGGCGUAGCUGCUGCGCAGAAUACCUCUCGCGUGGCGCGCGGAGCAAAUGCCCGACUCCUUCUGGAUACCUCCGAAGGUCGCGCAUCCCUGAUUGGCGACCUUGAGGAAUUGACAACUUUCUUGCAAAGGAUGAUAGAGAACCAGCGAGAUUUCCACGCCUCCACUGAGGGCUCAUCAGAUACCCAGAAGCCUAGCGGCGGGAUUGACGUCCAUUCUUUGGCGCCCAUCUAUCAUCAGAUACUGCAGGUAAGUCUGUGAAUCAUACAGAACCAAUGCACCAACAUUGAAAGAAAAUGCCGUUCGGUCGCUACAACUUCAUCUUCAAGUUCACACUGAAGCGGAAAUGCACAUACGCUGACUUAAAAGAGAAUAGACGAUGAGAAUUAUGGCGCGCCGGCAACUGCCAACCCUUCAGGACAAUUAACACCCAUAUUGGCAUGGUUGCCCACUUCUGCUACGGCGCACGUCUUGACACUGCCCCCUGCGUCUGCAUAUUUCCCCUAUUUUUCGUUUGCUUCCUUGAAUUGAGAGCCGUCGUAAGGUAGAUUUAAUCGGCUUACAGGUGGUAACAUCCAAUGCGAAGCACGUCUUAAGGUGGAAAUUGAGCUGCUAUAUGAGGUAGGCACGCGCCAGCGACUUGACUCUCUACAUGCUUUGUGUUCGUUCACCGUCGAUGUUGACCACCGAAUUCUGCGUCAUGGGAACGAAGGGUGGAGUAACACUACAUAUAACCAUAGUGUUUUCGUAAGUUUAGCCUCCCCUUGCGCUUCUCCAGGAACUUCGCAGUCGAGGCAUCUGAGCCAAAAGUAAGGAAUUUCGGGUGCUCAAACAGAAUUUUGGCCAAUUUAAGCCCAAGCGUGCGAUGCAGUGGAACAGUAGAUCGGAGCUAACAUCGCCACUGUGUACUUCGUAUACUUUGUGGAAACCCCUAAUGGCCGUUUUUGUUGGCUUAUUAGCUAGUCCUCCUAUUGCUGUUAUGCGCCUUCUCCUGCUUUCGAAAUGGGAAUACUCGGUUUGCAAAUAAAUGUGGAGGCAGUUUGCGUAGAAUGAAAUCAUUUGCCCCAUCAGGUUUAUCUGUUUGUUCGGGAACUGGUAGUCGAACAUUGUAUGCUCGGAAACUUCGGUGCAAUUAACGCUUAUUUCCGAGAUCGUCGCUUACUCCGUAGUACUAAGCACGAGGUUCUUCACUUUUUGCAGUAUCAGAGGGGCUUGCUGUCCAGUUUAAACCAGUAAUGUAUUUUAGCUACAAUUCAUUCAGCACAUCCGGUAAUGUUGAUGUGAUUUUCGUUACUGUCAUAUUGUAUGCAGGUAUGAUAUUUGAUAUGCAGAGAACUUUGUGAGUUAAACUACUCGAAUUUGUUCGCAAGUCUCAGCCCAGUAUUUGAUGCGGCAUGCACUCAUUUAUGUUAAAGGAUGUACCAAGGAGCGUUAGUGCUGUGUCUUCCGCAGAACUUUCGAAUAUGGCGAAGGACGUGAAGACCAUGAUUGACAAAAUCACUGAUGAGUAAGUUUACUCUGUGACUCCUUCGCUUUUCCUAAUGAGCAUAUCUGCAUUUGCUUUUUACUACCGAUCCAAUAUUCCCGCUGAAAGCAAUCCGAACGAUCUCGACUGUUGAAAAAUUUGUCACACUGCCCACAACUCUCGGCUAGUUCGUAUCAGGGCGAGUCCUUUUGCUGUCUUUCCUUACUACCGUAAGCUGCCUUGCUGAGCAAGUUUUAUGCAACACCUUUUAGAUCUGGGUUCACACAAACUGCCCAACUCUACACAUACUUUUCGUUGUCUGCCACAACUAAGUUCUCGAACCUACUCAACCUUGACGCCCACCUGACUUAGCCACUUGCGGCGAUGCUGCUUUCCUGCAGAAAACAGUAACACUAGCCGACCUCAAUUGUCUACGCGAAUUUGCGGUCAAAAGUGAGAUCGUUUACAUCUCCAGACACACUGUAGCGCCGACCACAAAAGCAAUCCGCCCAUUAUCAAAACCGACAGUUACUCUAUUGUCAGUGACUGGGGCCGCCGCUACUCCAACGAGGGUGCAGUGGUAGCCUGUAUACGUAUUCGUUUGUAACAAGGCAGACUUUUGUUUCAGCUAGUUCACUCACUCUUACGGAGUCCACUAUGUCCAGAUGUGAAGAAAUACCUUGUCGUCUGGAUAUUGUGAACACCGGAAGAAUGAGUGGGGUAGGUACAGCGAAAGUCCGCCUCACUGCGUCCUGGACUUCACGCCGGUGAUUUGCGCGUGGAUCCGUCUAUAGUGAGGCAGACUUGCGCAACAUUCACCACACUCCUCCAUCACCCACCUUACUCCGGUAGCAAGAUAAUGUCAAUACGGAAGCUGAACAGUCCGUUUGCGCGUGCCGCACACGAACUGAUCUCCACUACACGUAUCAGGCGACAGCAGGGGUGACUCGGAUCUAAUGAGUUAGUGCCAUAAUGGCCACAUUAAGGAGGAAUUGUAGCUUGAUUCUAUCCUAAGAAGCACGGAGUUAUCCCGUCAGUUGAAAAUUCUUCAGGCCACGACUUUCGGGGUUUCGUGAUAGAUUUACAUGCACCAGGUUCAUCAUAGUGAGGAAUGGGCUGACUUCCCGUGAGAGUGGAUUCUUCCGUCGCUCGCAAUCUCUUUUCCCCCAUCCUCUGCACCAGUAGACCGUCCGAACCUGCCAACCAAAGGGUGAUUGAAUUGGGCGUAUUGGCUGACUCGGUGCAGAAGCCUGCGUCCAAAUCGUGCCACGCGCAUGUGCGGCGGUGGCUAUGGGUUUGCGUGGGCUAAACGCAGUCCGACAAUCUCGUACCAUGAGCCAUUCUGACCCAAAUGUUGGUCCAGUGCAUUUGAAACGCAGCCCAUUGCGGGAGCACCGAUCACCUGUCGCACAUGGCCUCACACGAUCUGAUGUGACCAACCCCACACGAACCAGGCCUCAGUGUACGGGGUCUCUGAUCUCCUACAGGAGUGCUAUAAAGGCUGCAUCAGGAACUAUUGCAGCCUUACCGAGAGCCGAGUUAUCCCGUUAAUUGACAGCUUUCCAAAUUACGACCUGAGGUACUUACUGGUCAUUUUGGCCGCUUCAGAUUUAUUAGUAGGAACCAUUUAGAACGACUUUUCGUGACAAGUUAUAUCUCAGAAUCAACCUCAUCCCCACCCUCGUGCACCAGUGGCCUGUCCAAGCUUGUCGGUCGGCUGGCGGUGAUGUAGAACGCAGUGACUGACGUUGCAUGACCUACUAUCCAGCGUGUGCAUCACGCACGUACGUCAAUAUUCAAGAACUCCGGCUCAGCGCAACCGAAAUGACGUAUUCCACGAACCUGUGGUUCCCACCUUAGCGUAGGGCAACAGGGGUGUAGGCCGUUCGGGGUAAUUCAGCCAAAGUAUACUUCAGCAGGCGAACUUUCAUAAUUGUCAAGCAGUUCCCGGCUACGCAAAAUUCAUCCCUGCACAAACAUUUCUGUUCUAGAACCCUAAGCCACUUACUUCUACUGCGACUACAACCUGGAUAUCUGGACCGCCUGAUUGACAGUAUGCACGACCUCAAGCGUCAAGCAGACCGGGCCAAAACCAAAAUGGUGGAAGCUACUGCAGCCGUCAGGCAUGCUGAAAACGAAAUCAAAGACCUCCAUACAGAACUAAUUGAGGAGCAGCGCGAGUGUAAAGAACAUAUUCGUUUCGUAAGUACUAUGCCACCAUUCUUGAAUGCGCACGCUUCCCCUGGUUCGAGCAAUUUAUUGCAAUUAACCAUACUAGCCGCUCUUCCCCACGUGAAAUACGUCUUCCAAAUUGCUCACAUCUGCUGAAAAGGUUUUUGCUGCAAGCAUUCUCCGUACUUGCCUUGAACCCAAAUAAAAACAACUUCCUUCUAUUUUACGUACUAAGUUGUUGCACACAAAAUCCAGAAGGUAUUACAGCCUAUGACUUAAGCUGCCUUUGGCUGUCAGGUUUUUAGUUUUGUGCUUUUCGACUAUUCCUUGUUUCAGCUGGAGUCGCACCUAUCAAAAAUGUAUGAUCGCGAAAUCCGGUUGAUUGGCUCGGCAAUCGCUGUCUGA